AUGACACGUGGAAAACAUCAACGUCUUGCACAGCCAUCGAAAGUGGCUAAAGUAAAUCGUCUUCGCUUCUUUGGUCAUAUAUUAAGGAGACCGGCAGAUCGCCUUGUUCAACGAGUUCUGAGGAGUUCGUCGGAAUAUGGAAUAGCGACGAAUGGAUUGAUUCUGUGCAAGCUCUCGCAGAAGAUCGAGAAGGUUGGGCAGAGCUGUGUUCAAGGACGGCACACCUCGGCGAAGAUGCGGGUAAUCGCGUCAGGCGAUGACAUCAGCCCGCCGAUUAAGUCAAAGGGUGGAAUAGGAAGUAUCAUGCGAGAUCCAGAUUUGGACUCAGCUGCAAGAGAAGAAGCUCCAAAAACAUAUAAAAUGGUAUAUUCCAGAAAUAAAUGGAGGACUGUAGAUAAGGUGCCAUCCGACAUUUCAUUCCAAAUACCAUCGGAAUCAAUGUGA